AUGCAGAAGAGAAGAGUGAAUGCCAUGCUGCGGAAAGUGGCGGUGGCCGCCGCCUCCAAGCCCCACGUGGAGAUCCGCCAGGACGGGGACCAGUUCUACAUCAAGACCUCCACCACCGUCCGCACCACGGAGAUCAGCUUCAAAGUAGGGGAGAGCUUCGACGAGGAGACGGUAGAUGGGAGGAAAUGCCGGAGUUUGGCCACUUGGGAGAAUGAGAACAAGCUUUACUGCAAGCAAACGCUGCUGGACGGCCAGGGUCCCAAAACCUACUGGACGAGAGAGCUGGCUGGAGAUGAGCUGAUUUUGACCUUUGGGGCCGACGAAGUUGUGUGCACGAGGAUUUACACGCGGGAGUGA